GAAAAUAAUUGUUUACAAGUUUUUCUCUUGAGUAAUUUAGCUUACUUACUGAAUUACCAAUUAUAACUUACUGUCUGCAAGAAUGCUGAGUAUAGGAAACGCAACGGAUGGGACCUGCGUUAAAACGGAAGCGGAGGAGUGUACAACACAGUUUUACGCAGAGCACUUAAAUUGGCAACGGCAACAAAGUAAUCAAAUGCAAGCAAUUAACAUGGAGCAUGAGCAGGACGUGAGAGUUAUUUGGCAGAGAGGAGCUGCGGCAGACCACUGGAUGGCAGCAAGGCAGCAGAGAUCCUAUGAAGAAACGGAGGACAUGGUAGGGUAUGAUUUACCCUUGGAAGUUGCUGUUGCAAGACGAGAAUUCAAUACUAGUUAUACACGUGGAAAAAUGUAUGCACCAAAACGGAAAAGACAUGCAUCCGGCGAGUCCAAAUUACCAGAAAUAUUUCGAUAUUUUGGCAAUAUUGAACAUGUAGCAGAUUACAAUGUAAAACCGGGAGCUGUGAGUGCCACCUGUAAUGCUUGCCAUGCACGUAUUAAGGGAUUUACAAAAGUAACAUCAAAUUUCAUAAAACAUCUGCGACUGAAGCACUUUGAGAUACAUGCAGAGUUUGUAAAUGCCAAACAAACUGGAAAUGCUGAAGUACCCGAGACACCAGAUACAGAUUCAUUCGAUAAUCGCGUUGUAAGCUAUGUAAUUGAUGCGGCAUUGCCAUUGGAUACAGUGGAGAAGCCCAGUUUUCGCAGCAUGUUUGAGGGCACACAUUUGACGGUUAUGAGUCGUGAUAAAUUGGAAAUGCUAUUGGACGAUCACUUCAACAAAAUGCAGAAGAACAUUAAAAUGUUGAUUGCCAAUCAAAAAUAUAUAUGCACUACUGCGGAUCUGUGGUCAACUCGAGAGCGUAGCUACUUUGGCUACACAUGUCACUGGUUGGAUAAAAACUACAAAAGCAAAUCUGCUGCAUUGGCCUGCAAGUUAUUACCAAAGGAGUUGACCACUGAGCAUAUUUCGGCAAUGAUAAGUCGCAUUAACACAGAGUAUGAGCUAAAUAAUUUAAAAAUUGUAGCCAAUGCCACAGACAACUGUGCCAAUUAUGCUAAAUUAAUUAAGAGCUUUGGUAUUAAAAUGCAGCAUAGUCUGUCUGAGCUUGAAAGUGAAGCUGUAACAUUACCAAACAAUCUGCUGCCCAAUCCAAUACAGUGUGCUAGUCACACGCUAAGUUUAGUGGCUUCCAUUGAUUAUAUGCAGUUGCUCGAUGAGGAUCCAUCAUUAAAACAAAGACAUGUCACGAUAUUUGAAAAAGUGCAGCGCGCUUUGGCAAAAGUUUAGUUGUCCCAAGUCAAAUGACAUUAUUACUAAUGUUUUGGGUGAAGCUUUGAUAACUCCUACGCUCAGCAGAUGGAACUCGAUUUAUGAUGCAAUUUGCUGCAUUUUACUGCAUAAGGAAAAGCUUUCCGAGCUGUGUAGCAAAUUAUCCUUGCAUAACUCUUGUUUUUCACCCAAUGAUAUACAGUAUUUGGAGGAAUAUCGUUUGGUUAUGACGCCCAUAGCUUCAACCAUAGAUUUUCUACAAAUGGAAAGCAAUUUGUACUAUGGCUGUCUUAUACCCGCCCUGACCUCGCUGUGCAUUAAGCUCAAAAGAAUUUCCGAUGCAGGCGAAGUUAUUGAUUUAAGAAAUAUUUUAACUGCACUACAGCUGAAGUUGAAAGCACGCUUUGCUAAAUAUUUAACAUUAGCGGACGAUGCACACAAUGCUAUCAUCGCCUCUGUGCUUUGUCCCAGCGUCAAAAUGCGUUGGUUCAAUGCUUUAGCCAGAGUUUCAGUACAUCAACGCCGAGCUGAGGAUGUACACAAGCUGAUUAUAUCUGAAGCUAUGCGACAUGCUAAGGCAGCUGAGCAUUGCUACAAUUUGGCUGCAGCUUCUCAAAAAAAGGAUGAUUUCUAUGACUUUGAUGAUAUUGAAACAAGUGAUCUGGACGCCUCACAGCCCUCGCCCAUAGCGCCUGCGACAAAGCUGGCAGAGGAUGUUGAAGCACAGCUACAGAAUUAUCUGCAGGAUGCUGGCACUGGUUUUGAGGUGCUGCAGAAAUAUACGCUGCUGCAUGAUUUAGGCUUAAAGUAUAAUACGCCAUUAAGUUCGUCAGCGCCUGUGGAAAGACUAUUAUCAUUUAUGCAUAUAAUAAGAUAUUCAAAGGAGCAGGAUCUCUGCGAUUAUCCAUUUGAAAAAUUGGUGCUUAUGAGAGCUAAUAGCAAGUAGGCUAAACUAAUUAUUUAUAAUCAAGCGUAAGUUAGUUGUAAGUACCUAUAAUACACUCCAGCAUGCGCCACUUAAUAAUAAAACUAAAUUAAA